AUGGCAUUCUUCGACUACCGCAAAAUAUGGUACCGACUAUCCUGGUUCUCCACGGAUGACACAAAGGAGGAGCGGCGACUUAUCUGGAAACUCGAUCUUUUGAUACUCCCGUACUCUCUUGCGGUCUACAUCAUUAAAUAUAUUGACCAAGCCAAUAUCAAUAAUGCUUACGUUGGUGGCAUGAAAGAGGACCUAGGGUUUCACGGUAAUGAGCUGGUACAUUUUCAAACUAUUUACAUAUUAGGAGCGGUUCUUGGACAGAUCCCAUUCCUGUUCCUACUGACUCGCAUCCGCAUCCAUCAAGUUAUUCCUAUACUCGAUAUUGCAUGGGGCAUAUUCACCUUGCUACAAUACCGGUCUACAGGAUAUACUGAGGUAAUGGUCUAUCGGUUUUUCGUCGGAUGGUUCGAGGCACCGUACUUUAUCACGAGCCACUACGUCUUUGGGUCCUGGUACAAACGCCACGAAAUCGCGCGCCGCGCUGGUAUAUGGUACACCGCUCAGAAUAUCGGCACUCUUACAGCUGGUCUUAUUCAAGCGGCUGCAUCAUCGAAGCUUGAUGGAGUAAAUGGCUUGGCUGGUUGGCGCUGGAUGUACAUUAUCUGCGCUUGUAUCACCAUUCCUGUUGGUAUAAUUGGCUUUUUCAUCCUUCCUGGUACACCUGAUCGACCCAGCCGGGUUUUUCUUUCACAGGACGACAUUGAUCUUGCAGCGAAACGGCUCCAUGAUGCUGGACAUGUCACUUCUGAAGAGAUAUCAUGGGGUACUCUGAAGAGAGUACUAUCCUGCAGAUUAACGUGGGCGCUACUCUCACUGGACCUGUUUUUCUGGGGUGGCAGCACCAACGUGAUCAGUGGAGGCUUCUUGCUGUGGCUCAAGAGUCUAAACCGAUAUAGUUCUGCGAAGAUCAAUUCUUUGGGCUCUCUUUCACCGGCAAUCGGCAUCUUCUACACGUUGCUGGUUUCAACGGCUUCUGAUCUUGUUCUAGGCCCGGCCUGGGCCAUUACAAUGGCUCAUACCUUGAAUAUCAUUGGGUUGAUAAUCUUGAUUACUUGGAAAGUGCCCGAGACUGCGCUUUGGUUUGCUUUCAUGACAACUUAUGCCGCGAACUCGGUGUCCGGCGUCUUGUAUAGCUGGGUGAACAGCGUACUGAGUCACUCACCCGUGGAAAGGUCCUUCACUCUCGUAUUUAUCAACAUGAUAUCGCAAUCAACUGUCGCAUGGACACCACUAUUAGUUUUCAAAACGGUCGAGGCCCCUCGCUUCACGAAAGGGUACUCCUUCGUUAUGGGUAAUGCUAUUUGCUUGAUUAUCUUCGCGCAUGUCAUUCGACGCUACCUCUCCCGGAGGGCAGGGUAUGUUCUUGCCGUCCCCACUGAUGUGGGCAUGCAGGCUGACACGAAACACAGCACGACCUCGACUUAUGCCCCAGAGAACACUGCUCGCAAGCAGUCCGAUAACAGUAGGAGUGUGAAGUUGCGAAGCCUGGAUAUAGGACAAGUUGAAAAGCCUCUGGCAAAGCCAGUGGAUCUCGCUUUACAAGCGGUUUAA